UCACAAUCGUUCCAAAGUCCACUGAGGGGAGCUGGUUAAUAUUUAACAAAAAGCUUUUCAAUACACGUCUAAUACAGUCGAGGUGAGGUACCGUUUACAUGCUUUGGCGUCUGGUAAGACCGGUAAAUACACGGACAAGUUGAAGGUGCACAGUCAUGACUGCUACGUAUUUGAGAUUCUUUUCCAAUAGAAGUUAGUUAGCUGCAUUCAACAAGGGAGUUUGAGGGUCUGCACACCGAUCUUGAACAUCUACAGAAAUCUUUCACUACCAAAAUGGAGGUCCAAUGGCAGUGGGUCGUGAUAACAUUGGCUUUAAUAUUCGUUUUCUGGAUCGUUUUCUCGUUUCUUGAAAGUCUUCUCCGUUCUUCGUUAAUACCAAACGUUACUGACAAAUACGUAUUAGUGACUGGAUGUGAUAGUGGAUUUGGUAGCAUUGUGACACGCCAGCUUGAUAAACGAGGAGUUCAUGUAUUCGCUGCAUGUUUGACGUUAAAGGGUCAAAAAGAGGUAGAAUCGAAAACAUCGGAUAGGGUUAUUACAUUCAGACUCGACGUCACUGACCAUGACAGUGUCCUAGCCGCUUACGACUUCAUCAAAAGUAAAUUACCCAAAGAUAAAGGUCUCUGGGGUCUUGUAAACAACGCUGGUAUUGCUAAUUCACCCGGGCUCAUUGAUUGGUGCACUAAAGACGACUAUAAACGCGUCAUCGACGUCAAUCUCCUCGGCGUUAUCGACGUCACAUUGAUUUUCUUGCCUCUUCUCAAGAAAGCUCGAGGUCGUGUAGUAAACAUUGCUAGCGCCCUCUCUCGGGUGGCUUUAGGAGCAGGAGGAUACGCGGAGUCCAAGUAUGGCGUACAGGCUUUCUCGGAUACACUCAGGAGAGAGAGUCAGAAGUUUAACUAUGGGAUCAAAGUUAGUAUUCUCGAGCCUGGAUUUUUCCGAACACAGCUGACCAAUCCUGACAAGACUCGAUCCGAGAUCAAGAAGAGUUGGGAUCGAUUAUCAAAGGAAAAACAAACCGAAUAUGAACCUGACACACCUGAGAAGCUAUCGAAUGCCUACAUUAACUUCAUGAACUUCGUCUCUUCACCGAACCUGACCAUCGUAACUAACGCCAUGAUGCAUGGGUUACUGGCCCGCUGGCCAAGAACAAGGUACUCAUGUGGACUUGAUAUGAAGGUUAUUUUUAUCCCUCUCUCCUACGCUCCGACCUGGUUCACUGAUUUCAUCAUACUAAGGCUUGGUAGAAAUGAUGAGCCACCUCAAGAGAAAGAGGAGACUUCCUAACAUUGAAAUAAAGAACGAUAUCGAUAUGAUCUUUAGACAUAAGAGGUGCGAGGUUUUCAUCCUAUAAGAGUGUUUUGUUAACAUAGUCAUCUGAUACAGGGACCAUGCAAGAAACACAAUCAGGGGGGUGUUUCACAAAGAUUUAAGUAUGACUUAAGUCGCACUUAAAUGCCGACGCGUACAUGAUAUGCAACGUGCGAUCUUUUUGACGAUACGCAGUUCAGUGCGCGUCCUCUUGAUACGAUCUGACUAAUGGGUUCAAGCCUUCCAUACCAUACGCAACUCGGUAUUAAAGUGCAACUCUAAGUCAUACUUAAAUCUUUGUGAAACACCCCCAUAUGGCAUUUUUUACAUUUUUUUACGAGGUUUUAGAAAAAGUGUGGGGGGCAGAAGCCCACCAAGCCCCCCCCCCCCCCGUUUCCGCGGCCCCGUGACAAGUUAACAACUUUGCUUGAUUAUGAUUAGCUAAGAUGGGUAAGUUACUUUGGUUACUGUCUAAUAUGAUGUCAUAUGAAACAUCUGACAUCUGACAUUUCAUGGAAUAUUCCCCCAAAAUAGGAGUUGACACAUUUAUCUAAUGGACGCAUAACAUACGUUUUUCCAUUAACAUGCUCAAAGCGCUUUACAAAAAAGAAGGAAAUUCUGCUCUCCAAGUGCUCACAAAAACAUAUAAAGGGGAUAUUAUUGAGAAAACAAAUAUAUGUUUUUAGCUUAUUUUUGAAUAUUUGUAAUGAAGAAUAAAAACCGAUAUUGUCAGCGAGACUAUUCCAGAUACUGCAUGGGACCAGUGAAGCUAAUACAUUGCUGACAUUUCUUGGAGUUCAUUUUACUAGGAACAUGUACACAAACAAAGCAAUUUAAAAGUAAUUCUUUUUCUUGCAUUGCUACCAUAAAUAUAUAAAUAAAUAUUGAUUCAUGUAACAAUGUUCCAAGAACAGCAAAUCGCUCAAACAUGCAGAAGAUUCCAGGGUGCAUUAACAAUAAGGAUAAUAAUUAUUUCUUACUGGAAAUACUGUAGAUUAAAUUAGUUAUAAAAUAAAUUUAUUCACAGCCUGAAAUAGAUGAAAUUCCCUUUUCUAAGCAUGGUCCCAUACUUCUCAUUUUUAUUGCUCUCCUUUCCCACCGAGGACACCGUACGUGAUAUUGAUUUUAAUUGCACAGCCAAAUCGCCGCUUUCUUCAUAUAUUAUAUUUUGUUUCCUCUUCUACUGUCCCCAUUUCCUGAUUUUCACAUAAAAAAUCAAGGUGAAUGAGGCGUUCAUCAAACCAUGGACCUACUAGUAGGUCCAUGAUCAAACCAACUCAAAGUUUGGGUGUUCACUUCAAAUAUGCUGUUCAAUACUUUAACCUAACAUAAUUCAUGCAUUACCAUUGUCACAUUUGUCGUAUAUAUCAUAUGAUAGUUGUAUACGAUAAUUAUUUUUAUGAUUUAAAAAAAAUAUUGGAUAGUGUUAUGUGUUUGCAUUCGAAGGAUUUGAAAUGAAUAUGUGCAGAACGAUACAACCACACCGCUGUCCUUUACUCGUCUGUUAUAAAUGUUUGUUAUUUAAAGGACAAGUCCACCCCCCAAAAAAUGAUUUGAAUAAAAAGAGAAAAAUCCAACAAACAUAGCACUGAAAAUUUCAUCAAAUCGGAUGUAAAAUAAAAAAGUUAUGACAUUUUAAAAUUUUGCUUAAUUUCUGGCUGGUACUGGCUGGCACAUACUGGCUGGUAUGCAAAUGAGGAGACUGAUGACGUCAUCCACUCACUAGUUCUUUUGUAUUUUAUUGUAUGAAAUAUUCUAAUUUUCUCCUGAUUGUCAAGUGAAACAACGAUUUCUUCCCCCCUGAACAUUUGAAAUAAGCAUUGUUCAAUACUAUAUGGUUCAGUCAAGUCAGUCCUUAUUGUCAAAUCUGUAAAAAAUGAAAUAUUGUAUUAUUCAAACAAUAAAAAACCAAAGAAAUAGUGAGUGAGAGACAUCAUCGACUGUCUCAUUUGCUUGUCACCGAGUUGUGCAUACCAAUUUUGUGAAAAAUAAGCGAAACUUUAAGAUGUCAUAACUUUCUAAUUUUACAUCCGAUUUUGAUGAAAUUUUCAGUGUUAUGCUAGUUUGAUUUUUCUCUAUUUAUUCAAAUCAACAUUUUUAUGGGGUGGACUUGACCUUUAAGGGUUAGAUUUUCUAUAAAAAAAACUUAUUCAAGAAUGAAUAUCAUGAAUAUGGUGCAACUGUGACAACACUCAUGUGGAAUUAAUAUCAUAUUUGGUUUUUCUUUCAAUUUAAGCGGGAAGUACCCGUUUAAUUUAGUAACGGGUAAACAUUUCCUAUUGCGUAAAAGCAGUAUUUGUUUUAUGAUGUAUUAUAUUUGAUAAUGAAAUAAAUGUAUAGAAUUACGAUUUCAAUCUGUUAAAAUCAGGAGCAUCCACGGGUGGUCAUUUCGAAACUUGA